GGCUGGGACUCCUGAGCUGGGGAUAUAAGCCAGCGCGUUGCAAACAAUGCGCUGUGUGGAUCGUACCCGGUGACUGGCGGUAGCUUAGCUCAGUGGAGUAGGUCUGAGCGGAGAAGGGCAAACUGAUCGAGAGGGCGUCGGCGGGACCAUGGACGACGGAUUCAAGUAUGAAGAUUAUCAGAACACUGCAAAAUGGCUUUUGUCUCACACCAAACACCGACCUCAAGUGGCGGUGAUCUGUGGUUCUGGGUUAGGAGGUCUGAGUGACAGAUUAACUCAGGCCCAGAUCUUUGACUACAGUGAAAUACCGAACUUUCCCAAAAUGCCAGGUCAUGCUGGCCGACUGGUGUUUGGGAUCUUGAAUGGCAGAGGCUGUGUGAUGAUGCAGGGCAGGUUCCACAUGUAUGAAGGCUACCCGCUCUGGAAGGUGACAUUCCCAGUGAGGGUUUUCCAUCUUCUGGGUGUGGACACUCUAGUGGUCACCAAUGCAGCUGGAGGGCUCAACCCCGAAUUUGAGGUUGGAGAUAUCAUGCUGAUCCGCGAUCACAUCAAUCUACCUGGUUUCUGCGGUGAGAACCCUCUCAGAGGGCCCAAUGAUGAAAGGUUUGGAGUUCGUUUCCCUGCCAUGUCUGAUGCCUACGACCGGGAUAUGAGGCAGAAGGCUCACAGUACCUGGAAACAAAUGGGAGAGCAGAGAGAGUUACGGGAAGGAACCUAUGUGAUGGUGGCAGGCCCCAGCUUUGAGACUGUGGCAGAGUGUUGUCUGCUGCAGAAGCUGGGAGCAGAUGCUGUUGGCAUGAGCACAGUACCAGAAGUUAUAGUUGCAAGGCACUGUGGACUUCGAGUCUUUGGCUUCUCCCUCAUCACUAACAAGGUCAUCUUGGAUUAUGAAAGCCAGGAGAAGGCCAAUCACAAGGAAGUACUAGAGGCCGGGAAGCAAGUUGCGCAGAAAUUGGAGCAAUUUGUCUCCAUUCUUAUGGCUAGCAUUCCACUGCCUGACAAUGCCAGUUAACCAGCCCUGGAGUGGUCUGGCAUCUCCCUUCUGGGAUCCAAGGAGCUGCUACCUACUUUGGCCUCUUGCUGGAGUCACGUGCCUCUGCCCUUAGGUAGUGGCAGAAAGGAGUGUCACCUGCCCUGCUUCUCCCAGCAGACCUUUCUGAUACAGAGUGCUCUUCUGCUCAGCUGUCAUCACAAAAUGAUUUCCACCCCUAUUCCUCUUCAAGAGCCCAAGGCCUACCACACAUCCAGGGAUUUGACUUGGGGCUGUCGAACUCAGCCUAGUAGCUACUGCUAGCUUUUUGAGAUGAUCCUCUUACAUUCCUGGGGGCUCAGCUCUGCUCCUCAAAGCACUGGAGACCACACAAGGAACAGCCUCUUCCUUUUGGAGUUUUAUACUAUCAUAUUUUGAGAAUAAAGAGAAAGAUGAAAUAA